AUGGAUCGUAUGGAGGUUGAUGACAGCGCAUAUAUAACGAAGAACCUCACAAUGAAGGACCUCAUCACAAAAGAUCACUUUACCUGCCAACCCAAGUCUACGGAGCAGAUUCAGGCUGGAGCUGCAGAGAGAUCCCAGUUACAGACAAACUACAGCUCCUUAGAACAAGAGAGGAAUCAGCUACAGACAAACUACAGCUCUUUAAAACAAGAGAGGGAUCAGCUACAGACAAACUACAGCUCCUUAAAACAAGAGAGGGAUCAGCUACAGACAAACUACAGCUCCUUAAAACAAGAGAGGGAUCAGCUACAGACAAACUACAGCUCCUUAGAACAAGAGAGGGAUCAGCUACAGACAAACUACAGCUCCUUAAAACAAGAGAGGGAUCAGCUACAGACAAACUACAGCUCCUUAGAACAAGAGAGGGAUCAGCUACAGACAAACUACAGCUCCUUAAAACAAGAGAGGGAUCAGCUACAGACAAACUACAGCAACAUAAAACAAGAGAGGGAUCAGCUACAGACAAACUACAGGAUUGUAGAACAAGAGAGGGAUCAGCUACAGACAAACUACAGCAACAUAAAACAAGAGAGGGAUCAGCUACAGACAAACUACAGCUCCUUAGAACAAGAGAGGGAUCAGCUACAGACAAACUACAGCUCCUUAGAACAAGAGAGGGAUCAGCUACAGACAAACUACAGCUCCUUAGAACAAGAGAGGGAUCAGCUACAGACAAACUACAGGAUUGUAGAACAAGAGAGGGAUCAGCUACAGACAAACUACAGUACUGUAGAACAAGAGAGGGAUCAGCUGAGGACUGACUACAACAGUCUGACAGCAGUAAGAGAUCAGUUACAGCAGAGGGUCAACAAGAUGGGUAAGAAGAUUAUCACUGAAGUUUUAAUGCUGUACUAUAAAGUAGGCUGGUGCUGGAGCAAGUUUGGUGAAAGCUGUUUCCACGUUUCAACCAUAAAAAGAAGCUGGCAUUCAAGCAGAAGCUUCUGCAACUCCAAUGGAGGGGAUCUGGCAGUCAUAAACACCAAAGAUAAAAUGGUGUUUGUCAGAGGGUUGGUGGAUUCAGGUAAUCAUGUCUGGAUUGGUCUGAAUGACCAUGUUGGUGAAGGGACCUGGAUGUGGGUGGAUGGGACCAGAGUCACAACCACAUUCUGGGGGCCUGGGCAGCCUGACAACACAAGAAAUGUUGAGGACUGUGGAGAAGUACGGCACGGAGGAGGCGUGUUGCGGUCGUCAGAAGCAGCUCCAUCUCAUCCAACAGCCAACACCAGCCACUCCUUCAGGGUGGAGGAACAUGACGUGAGGCGUGUACUAAGGAAAGUAAAUCCCAGGAAAGCAGCAGGACCUGACGGCAUCCCUGGCAGGGUGCUAAAAGACUGCGCAGACCAGCUCACUGGGGGCUUUACCAAGAUAUUCAACCUAUCCUUAGCUCAGGCCACUGUCCCAACCUGCCUUAAGUCCUCAACUAUCAUCCCUGUCCCAAAAAAGACCCCCAUCAGCAGCCUAAAUAACUUCUGGCCAAUUGCUCUGACUCCAGUCAUAAUGAAGUGCUUCAAGAAACUGAUCAGAAGCCACAUCAUCCAAGGACUUCCACCCACAUUUGACCCUCACCAGUUUGCAUAUAGGGAAAACAGAUCAACAGAGGACGCCAUAGCCAUAGCCCUUUACACCACCCUGGCCAACUUAGAACAAGAAAAUAGUUAUGCCAGGCUUCUUUUCACUGACUUCAGCUUGACAUUUAACACAAUCAUCCUAAGCAGGCUGGUAUCGAAACUAAACAACCUCGGCCUCCCACAUUCCACCUGCCUCUGGAUUAAGGACUUCUUCAGCGACUGA